UACGCAGAGAGCAUCUCGUUUUUCAUAGGUUGAUGGAAGCUGGGCUAUUGUCGAAAGGGGAACGUGCGGAUUGUCGCGCAUCCACCCCACGAACCUGAGCUAUAGGAAACGAAAAACGUAGACAUUUUCAAGAGGCUGUUUUUACAGUACCGCAUUUGUGCCAGUGGAAUCGUUAAGGGUGAGAGAGGAAUAGCACGUCUGGUCACGACAGUUUCAGCACCAAGGACAGCGACGAACCAGUUCCUUAUUUUUUGAGGCUGCAGCUUUGAAGACUGGGCGGUUCCGCAAGCCUUUUCUACCUGAAGAUCUUUUCUCUUGUCCUCCUGUCCUGUUUGUCAACUUCUUAUCAAGAGCUGCUUUUUGUUAUUGAAUAUCGCACUGAAGAUGGUGGAGGAAGAGAAAAAGCAGGUGACAGGAUACCUCCUUUUCUCCCUGGCCACUGCAGUCAUUGGCUCGCUGCAGUUUGGCUACAACACAGGGGUCAUUAAUGCACCGGAACAGAAACUGCGGGCUUUCUUCAACAACACGUGGAUGGAGAGGUAUGGCGAGCCCAUCAAACCAGGAACGUGCACCAUUGUGUGGAGCUUUUCGGUGGCCGUCUUUAGCGUGGGCGGCAUGGUGGGCUCCUUCAGCGUCGGAGUGAUGGCAGACAGAUUUGGGAGGAAAUUGUCCAUGUUCCUGGUCAACAUCCUGGCUGUGAUUGGAGGCCUCCUCAUGGGUUUCUCCACCCUCUGCUCCUCGUACGAGAUGGUCAUCGCCGGACGCCUCGUCAUCGGCCUCUUCUGCGGCCUCUUCACCGGCCUUACGCCCAUGUACGUGGGGGAGCUGUCCCCCACCCCUCUACGGGGCGCUUUCGGCACCUUGCACCAGCUGGGCGUGGUUAUUGGCAUCCUCGUGGCUCAGAUCUUUGGCUUGGAGUCUCUGCUGGGGUCGGACAAGUUGUGGCCUCUGCUACUGGCUCUGACGGUCGUCCCGGCCCUGCUGCAGUGUAUCCUGCUGCCCUUCUGUCCUGAGAGCCCUCGCUUCCUCCUCAUCAACCAGAACAAGGAGGAGCUGGCCCGCAAAGCCCUGGUGCGUCUGCGUGGCUCCGACGACGUGAGUAAAGACAUGCAGGAGAUGAAGGAGGAGAGUUCCAAGAUGGCCAUGGAGAAGAAGGUGACCAUCCCUGAGCUGUUCCGCACCGCAGCCUAUCGGCAGCCGCUCCUCAUCGCCGUCAUGCUCCACCUCUCCCAGCAGCUCUCCGGAAUCAAUGCUGUGUUCUACUAUUCAACUGGUAUCUUUGAGUCAGCCGGUGUCACCCAACCCAUUUACGCCACUAUUGGAGCAGGAGCUGUUAACACUGUCUUCACUGUGGUAUCUCUCUUCCUGGUCGAGAGGGCGGGACGAAGGACUUUGCAUCUCGUCGGAUUGGCCGGAAUGGCCGUCAGUGCCCUGCUCAUGACUAUUGCCCUCCUGUUGAAGGGCUACUCGUCUCUGAGCUACCUGAGCAUUGGGGCAGUGUUUCUGUUCGUGGCCAUGUUUGAGAUGGGGCCUGGUCCUAUCCCAUGGUUCAUAGUGGCGGAGCUCUUCUCCCAGGGUCCGCGGCCUGCCGCCAUAGCAGUGGCCGGCUGCUGCAACUGGACUGCCAACUUCCUGGUGGGAAUCAGCUUCCCCAAACUGGAGGAGCUGUGUGGGCCUUACGUCUUUAUCAUCUUCAUGAUCUUACUGAUCUUCUUCUUCAUCUUCACCUUCAUCAAAGUCCCAGAGACCAAGGGCAAGACCUUUGAUGAGAUCGCCCGUGAGUUUGGCGGGGCCACCCUGCCCCCUGCCACCUCUGUGGGAGCUCCUCCCACUAGUAUCAGCGUAACACUUCCUGCCUCGCCAAUAAAGGAGAAGGUUCCAUUGGUGGAGGCGGCAGCAGCAGAGGAUAGGUCCAACUCAACUGUACAGGAGAGCUUGUAGAAUCCUGUGUUGGGUCAAUGGUUAAAGGUCAAGGGUUGGGGGUCAGCUGGUUCAAAAACAGAUCAAAGCUUAAUUCUUUGGCAGUUCAGGUACAUGGGGACAAGUGUUUGACGUGAAGGUAAAUAUACCGUUCGUGUACAUGGAAAGCCAAAACACACAUUUUUGGGUGGAUACAGUAGCUAGAAUGAAUUAGUGUUAUUUUUUCUAAUUUCUUUCUGUCACGUGUAAUAUAUUUCUCAGCCUAUAGGUCAAAAUGUGUAUUUUAAUUGUGUUGCCUUCUUUUCCUGAGGGCAUCAUCAUUUAAACAGCUUUUAGUAAAGCCAAAGUGGGUCUAGUCAAAGCAAACAACCUCAAUAGUGUUUCUGAUAAACAGUAGUUUUAACAGUGAAACAGUAGAUUAGGGUCAAUUGCAUUGGUUGGCUUUCAUGGUUUUAGAAAUAGCUUUUUUAAAUAACCCAAUAAUCUCAGAAUGAUCAUACUUGACAGUUAAUUUCAACAGUUGUUGUAUUUGAGAACAAAAUAAUAUGCUUAUACCCUACUCAACAUAAGAAUCCACUGCUAAAAAUCACAUUCAGAUGGUUGCAU